AUGAAAUGGAAAGUAGAAGAUAAUGAUAAAAUAGAUCUCAGAGAAGAUAAUGAUAAUAUAGUCUUCAAAAAAGAUGAUGACGAUAUAGAUCUCAGAAAGGGUAAUAAUAAUGGUAUUAGUGAGGAAGAUAUAAUUGGAAUAGAAGAAGAUCACUAUGCAGAGAAUAAUAAUGAUAAUUGUGAAAGUGAUAAUGAUGAUAACAUAUAUGAAGAAGAUUCAAUAGUUGAUACAAUAGAUAUCAACCAGAUGUCAAAUAUAAAUGAAAGUGCUUCUUACUUUGAAAAUUCAACUUCUAUAUUAUUGUUUUACUAG